AUGUUCCUUUGUUAUUCUUCCACAUUCAUCACACUCCCUUCACCCAAACCCCAAACCCUUUCAUUCAACCUCUCUUCACACUCUUCUCACUUCAUCAACCUAUACCAGGUAAGUUCAUCUUCACUAUCAUCAUUCUCUAGAAAAUCACAUGAACCCAUUAAGCAUACCAAACAAAAAUUGAAUCUUUAUGCUUCUCUUUCACCAUCUCCUCCACUUGAAACCACCCCAUCAACAUUUAGAACCAAAAAUCCAAAAGAUGUUAAUGUACUUGUUGUGGGUUCAACUGGGUAUAUAGGAAAAUUUGUGGUGAAAGAAUUGGUUGAAAGAGGCUUUAAUGUUACUUCAAUUGCUAGAGAAAAAAGUGGAACUAAAGGAAGUGUUGAUAAAGAAACAACAUUGAGAGAGUUAAGAGGCGCUAAUGUUUGUUUCUCUGAUGUAACUAAUUUGGAUAGUUUUAACGAGUCUUUGAAGAGCUUAGGUGUUUCUUUUGAUGUUGUCGUGUCAUGUCUUGCUAGUAGAAAUGGCGGGGUUAAGGAUUCGUGGAAGAUUGAUUAUGAAGCAACUAAGAAUAGUCUUGUAGCUGGUAGGAAGCUUGGUGCUUCUCAUUUUGUUUUGCUUUCUGCAAUAUGUGUGCAGAAGCCUCUUCUCGAGUUUCAGCGCGCGAAGCUGAAACUCGAGGAUGAGUUGGUGAAAGAAGCGGAGAAAGAUGAUAGGUUUAGUUAUAGUAUAGUGAGGCCGACUGCGUUUUUCAAGAGUUUAGGUGGUCAGGUUGAUUUGGUGAAAGAUGGGAAGCCUUAUGUGAUGUUUGGUGAUGGAAAGUUGUGUGCCUGUAAACCGAUAAGUGAGCAAGAUUUAGCUUCUUUUAUUGUUGAUUGUGUGAUGAGUGAGGACAAAGUUAACAAGGUUUUACCUAUUGGAGGACCAGGGAAAGCAUUGACUCCAUUGGAACAAGGGGAGAUUUUGUUUAGGCUUUUAGGGAAAGAGCCUAAGUUUUUGAAAGUUCCGAUUGGGAUAAUGGAUUUUGCGAUUGGUGUUCUUGAUUUUUUGGUUAAGGUGUUUCCUUCGUUGGAAGAUGCUGCUGAGUUUGGAAAAAUUGGAAGGUACUAUGCAGCUGAAAGUAUGCUGAUUUUGGAUCCUGAUACAGGCGAGUACAGCGACGAGAAGACGCCGAGCUAUGGGAAGGAUACAUUGGAAGAUUUUUUUGGUAGGGUGCUAAGGGAAGGGAUGGCAGGUCAAGAGCUUGGUGAGCAAAAUAUAUUUUAA